UGUGUUACGGUCUUCUUCCCUGAAUCGUGUUAGGUUUUGCAGUUUUGCUGCAAUUGAUAUACCAGCAUAAUACCGAAAUUCCCGUUUCGUUUCGGCAACUCGCGAAAUCAAAUCAAUAUCGACAGUUUCCUUAAAUUCGAUAUUUCACUGCAAGCAAUCACUAAAGCAACUGCAAUGGGUAUAAUCAGGAGUUGCUUCUCUUUCAUAACAGGGACAGUCUUUGGGGUUUACUUGGCUCAGAAUUAUAAAGUUCCUAACAUCAUGAAGCUAGCUGACACUGCCAUGGACCAGGCAAAGCAAGUUGAGGAAAAAUACCGCAAGAGUAAGAAGAAGGGUGGUCAUGAUGAUAACUAGGAUUAGAGCCUUUAUAACACUACAUUGGAAUCAGGUUCUUGUUUUGGGUUUUUUAUUUUAUAUUUUAAUUUUUUUUGGUUUGUCCUGCAAUGUAUAGGAUCACAUACCUUUAUUAACUUAGUACUUGGAAAACACAAAUUAUUGGAAGAUUUUACAGAA